AUGGUCUACGGUUGCCACCUCCGCCUGCCAAGUGAUUUCCUCACUGACGAGCCUGAGCCAUUUCCGGAUCCGACGUCCUAUGUCAGCCGCCUCAAACAAGCCAUGUCCGAGCUCCGCCCUACACAACCCCGCAAGCCACCCACCCAGCAUCCGUUCAUUCCAGCUGACCUCUCGACAUGCUCUCAUGUCUUCAUUCGCACAGAUGCAACACGAACGCCCCUCCAACGUCCUUACACUGGUCCACACCGAGUCCUGGAACGUCAUGAUAAGUACUUCCGCCUCGACCUCAACGGCCGCUCCGACACAGUAUCCAUCGAUCGACUCAAACCAGCAUUCCAUGACAACCAGUCUGUCGACCAUUGCCAUCCGACCAAGCCGACGCCAUCGCUCGCAUUCGACGUGCCUCCGCCACGCCAAACACGAGCUGGUCGUCAAGUCAGAUUUCCCGCCUAUUUCUGA